AUGGCUCUCUCGAUAUUCAAGUCGCCGACUGAAUACGACCGCGCGUGGUGGCGUGAAGUCAUCAUCUAUCAGAUCUACGUUCAUUCCUUCAAGGACAGCAAUGGGGACGGCAUUGGGGACCUGAAGGGCGCCAUUGAGAAGGUGCCCUAUCUGAAGAGUCUCGGCAUUGAUUGUGCAUGGUUGACUCCGGUCUACGAAAGCCCUCUCAAGGAUAUGGGCUACGACAUCAGUGACUAUGAAAGAAUCAAUCCUUUGUAUGGAACCCUGGACGACUGGCAGAUCCUACUGGAGGAACUCCACAAGCGGGACAUGAGGCUCAUCAUGGACUUGGUUGUGAACCAUACAUCAGAUCAGCACGCUUGGUUUAAAGAGUCCCGCUCAAGCAGGGACAAUCCGAAACACGAUUGGUAUCAUUGGAUGGACCCCAAGUAUGAUGAUCAGGGUAACCGCAAACCGCCAAACAAUUGGGGAAGUGUGUUUGGAGGACCCGCGUGGACGUGGGAUGAGGGCAGACAACAGUACUAUCUUCGCCUCUUUGCUGCUGAACAACCGGACCUGAAUUGGACCAACCCCCAAGUACGCGAUGCUAUCUAUAAGAUGAUGCGCUUUUGGCUGGAUUUGGGAAUCGAUGGGUUCAGGAUGGAUGUAAUCAACAUGAUCUCGAAGGUACAUGGCUUACCUGACGCCCCUAUCACGGUUCCUGGCCCUGUGCAAAACGGAGGAAGCAUGUUCAUGAACGAGCCCAAAGUUCACACGCAUCUGAAAGAAAUGCACAAAGAGGUCCUCGCCGGGCGCAAUGUGCUGACGGUAGGAGAGAUGCCUGGCGGAGUGGAUCCUUACGAGGCCAGCAAAUACGUCGCGCUUGAGAGGAAGGAGCUUCACAUGAUCUUCCAGUUCGCACACAUGACUUUGGAUGGGACCAACGGCGACAAAUGGGUGAUACGUGAGUGGACAUUGCCGGAACUGAAAGACAGUAUCAGGGUGUGGCAGCAGCACAUGAUCGGCAAUCAUGGAUGGAACAGUAUCUUCCUGGAGAACCACGAUCAACCGCGUGCUAUCAACCACUUUGGCAAUGCCGACCCGAAAUACCGCGGCAAAUGUGCGAAGAUGAUUGCCUUGUUCCAGCUCAGUCUCAGAGGCUCCAUCUACAUCUACCAAGGACAAGAGAUUGGCGCUGCGGCACCCACAGACUGGAACAUCGAAGAUUAUCAGGAUGUGGAAACCUUGAACUGGUAUAAUGCUAAAGUGGAGGAGAAGAAAGCAAAGGGCGAGGAACCAGACUACGAAAAGCUCAUGUCGCUGGUUCGCAGAGUGUCACGGGACAAUGCUCGAGCUCCGAUGCAGUGGUCGCGCGGAGCGAAUGCCGGCUUCUGCAACCAGGACGCGAAGCCAUGGCUCCGAGUGAACAAUGAGUACAAGGAGGGCUGGAAUGUGGAAGACGAGAUGAAGGACCCUGAUUCAGUCUGGACCUUUUACAAGAAGUUGAUCUUCUUCCGCAAAACGCACCCUCCGUUCUUCUACGGAGGCUUCACUUUGAUAGACGAAGAGGACCCUAAGGUUUUCGCAUACGUCCGUACUCAGCACGAGUUCGGCUACCUUAUCGUUCUGAACUGGACCAAGGAGGAAAAUGAGUGGGAAGUUCCUGAGGACAUACCAGUUCCAGGCGGCAUCCUGGCCAUCUCGAACUAUGACAUGGAUCCUCUGACGCAGCUGACUCAACGCUUGAAGCUUCAGCCUUACGAGGGGAGGGUUUAUGCCCUCAGGCCGGGUUUCGGUUCUGUCGGACAUGUGUAG